AGUGUGGUACCUUCCAUUGUUUGGGCCAGAAUAUUUUCUCACUGCAGUUAGUGCCUUCUGCCUACUAAUCUUUUUCUUCACACAUAGUCGUCAACCUGUGUCUUUUGUUCUUCUAUGCUCUUGUAUGUUUAUGGCAAUUGUUCUAUCCCCCUCCUCCUCUUAUUGGAAAGUCCAAUGAAGCUGAUCAAUGCCUAUGGGGAAACUGAUGACAUCGGGUACCAUGCCAAAAGAAGGGGUACCAAGGAGGUGAACCUGCUCAAGUUCAUGCCCAGAUACAGGCUCCUGGACAUCAACUAUCUGGAAUUUGUUGGGGAGAAUAUUGAGCCGAUGAUUGAGCACCUGGACCUGGUCCACCACAUGCUGGUCUAUGGCUGCUCCUUGUCUUUGAACCAGACCUACGUGCAGAAAUGCUUCACGGGGGGACCAGCGGAUGAAUGCUUCAGAGUGGUGUUUGCCUGGGGUGUGGGAGGAGGGGCUUUCGAUCUUCCAGAAAUUCGCUGGCAUCCCUAUUGGAGGACAGGAUUAUGAUGACUUCUACAGGCUGGAAAUUUACUACAGAUACCCAGCCCAACAACCCUUUUCACUAGCUACUAGCUGGUAGUAAGAACAAUUUUCCAAGCCACUGAUAUAGGAUCAUCGGUCUUACCCUGCUCCAAUCUUCAUGAUUAGGUUCAGGGCCGGUUCUAGCCUUUUGGAGGCCCUAUGUGAGAUUUGGGUGCCCCACCUCGCGGCAAAACAUUUUAGUGGCCCUCCUCUUCAUGGUGGAUAGAAUUAUUUUUAGUUUUAAAGUUCAUUUCCUGCGAUAUAAUAAUUUUUACAUGGGGGUGUAGAGAAAAUGUUGCCUUUUAAAGCAAGUUUUCUGCAAUUCUACACAUUUUCCAUUGGGGUUAAGAGAAAUGUUUGCUAUUUUAAAGUUAAUUUCCUGCAAUUCUACACAUUUUGUAAUGACUUAUGCCAUGUUGAUAUGAUAUCUGAGUGAGAAUGACUAAGAAAAUCAAUGGGGGCCCCCUGGAGGUCAGGGCCCCUGGGCACAUACCGGUCGGUAUUCGGUAUUUAGAUACAGUGCCUUUAGAAAGUAUUCACACCCCUUGACUUUUUCUAUAUUUUGUUGCGUUACAGCCUGAAUUUAAAAUUGAUUAAAUUUACAUUUUGUUUUGUCACUGGCCAACACACAAUACCCCAUAAUGUCAAAGUGGAAAUACGUUUUCAUUUUUUUUUUUUAAGAAAACAUGUUGGAAAAAAGAUCAAAAUUGGGGUGCCUGCGUAAAAGCAGCCAAGGAUGUCCAGAAAGGAAGGCUGUUGCUGGGCUGAGCUGUGUUCCCUGCAAGCUUGAUCUGAUCAAUGUUAAAGUUAGACUAAUUUAUGUUAAUUAUCUUGUAUUGUUCCUUGUGUAAACCUGCCUGAUUUAAAAGCAUUUGCAGAAACCUAGAACUGUCAACAUUCUUAUGUUAAAU